AGAAACUAAACAAAUUGGUAUAUACUGGCAUCCCGCCCGCCUCCCCUCUCCAGCAAUUAUUAAUUAUUCCGAAUGUACUUUACUAACAUCAAGAAGAGUCUCGAACGAGAGAGAGAGAGGGAGAGGCCUCUGAGUAAAGAAUGAGAAAUACCCAAUGUUUGUGGCUCUCCACCGUGAUCACUCUCCUCCCAAUGGCCGCCGUGGCCUUUGACACCAUCACCGCCACGCAGCCGCUCCUCCCCAACCAAACCAUAGUCUCCGCUGGACAAGUUGUCGAGCUGGGCUUCUUCUCGCUGGGAAAUUCGGGCAAAUGGUACGUCGGAGUUUGGUAUAAGAACAUAAAUCCUGUCAGAACCAUUGUGUGGGUUGCUAACAGAGAUAACCCACUGACAAGCUCGUCUGGGUCUUUGAAAAUCGGCGAAGAUGGAAACCUCUUGCUGGUCGACGAAGCUGCAAAUUCUGUAGUGUGGUCGUCGUCGAACCAGACGAGCUCGGCGAACAGUAGCGUUGCGCAGCUUCUGGAUUCCGGAAACUUGAUUGUUCGGAGAGAAAAUGACGUUGAUCCGGAGAAUUAUAUCUGGCAAAGCUUUGACCAUCCGACGGACACUCUGUUGCCGGGGAUGAAGCUGGGCUGGGACCGCAAAAGUGGGGUUAACCGGUACAUAACUUCGUGGAAGAGAAGCGAUGAUCCAUCCACUGGGGACUAUUACUUCAAGAUGGAUGUUGACGGAUUACCGGAGAUUUUCUUAUGGGCCAAUCAGACAAGAAUAUACAGAAGCGGGCCGUGGAACGGAUUGAGAUUCAGUGGCGUUCCGGGGAUGAAUCCAACCUACAACAUCACUUUCACAUUUGAGUUAGAGAAAGACGAGGUUUUCUAUUCAUUUGGGAUGGACGACAAGUCCUUGAAUUCGAGGCUGACUGUGAAUUCAGCCGGAGUUUUGCAGCGCUACGUUUGGACAGAUUCAAGUCAGAAUUGGAACCUCUUCUGGUACGCUCGCGAAGACCAAUGCGACAGUUACAUGGAAUGCGGCGUUUAUGGUAUUUGCGACACGGAUGAUUCCCUGGUCUGUAAAUGCAUCCACGGGUUCGAGCCCAAGAAUCCGCAGGCGUGGAAGCUGAGAGAUGGGUCGGAUGGGUGCAUGAGAACUUCGAAGCUGAGCUGCCAUGGAGAUGGGUUUCUGCCGUUGAAGAACAUGAAGGUGCCGGAGACUUCGAUGGCGUUUUACAACAAGAGCAUGCUCCUGUCGGAGUGCCGGCAAGCUUGCCUGUCAAAUUGUUCCUGCACUGCCUAUGCUAAUAUGGACAUUAGGAAUGGCGGCUCCGGCUGUGUGAUGUGGACCGGCGAUCUUCUGGACAUGAGGCAGUACGCCGCCGCGGAAGGCGGCCAAGAUCUGUACGUGAGAGUCUCCGCCGCUGAUUUAGAAGCAGCUGGGAGCACAGGAAUAAGUAAAAGCUCUAGUCAAACAGUUAAGAUUGUCGGCAUUGCAGUUGCUUCUGGUGUUCUGCUACUGGGCAUAGGCAUUUGCUUUGUGUGGCGGACGAAGAGAACGCAGAGGGCACGGAGAGAACUUAUUCAGCAUAGAGGCAGCCACGAAAGAAGUCAAGAUAUGUUAUUGAGCGGAGGGGUCAUAGUGGGCAGAAGAGACUACUCUGGCGAAAGCACAACAGAUGAACUAGAGCUGCCAUUGUUCGACUUCGACACCAUAGCAAUAGCUACUGACAAUUUCGGCAACGAAAAUAAGCUGGGACAAGGUGGUUUCGGCAUUGUUUACAGAGGUGUGUUACCAGAAGGCGAGAAGAUAGCUGUGAAGAGACUGUCGAAGAAUUCUGGGCAAGGGACGGAGGAGUUCAAGAACGAGGUUCAAUUGAUUGCAAGGCUGCAGCAUAGGAACCUUGUGCGCCUGCUGGGCUGCUGCGUGGACAUGGAAGAGAAAAUGUUGAUAUAUGAAUACAUGGAAAACAAAAGCCUGGACUUCAUUUUAUUCAAUCUUGCAGACAAAGAGAGUAGCUCGUUACUGGAUUGGCCGAGGCGCUUCAAUAUCAUCUGCGGGAUCGCUCGAGGGCUUCUCUAUCUCCACCAAGACUCGAGGUUUAGAAUCAUUCACAGAGAUCUCAAAGCAAGUAAUAUUCUACUUGACAGGGAAAUGAAUCCGAAGAUUUCAGAUUUUGGCAUGGCAAGGAUUUUUGGUAGCGAACAAACUGAAGCAAAUACAAAGAGAGUUGUCGGAACAUACGGAUAUAUGUCUCCGGAGUAUGCCAUGGAUGGACUUUUUUCAAUAAAAUCCGAUGUUUUUAGCUUUGGUGUACUGGUGCUGGAAAUAGUAACUGGCAAGAAGAACAGAGGAUUCUACCAGGCGAACCAUGAGCUUAAUCUUCUUGGACAUGCAUGGAGGCUAUGGAAAGAAGGGAAAUGGCAAGAAUUGAUCGAUCCUGCUGCGAGGGAUUCGUAUUCGCCAUACGAGGUGGCUCGGUGCAUACAAGUGGGGCUCCUGUGCGUGCAGGAGCGAGCCGAAGACAGGCCGUCCAUGUCAACGGCGCUUCUGAUGCUGAGCAGUGAAACUGCUUUGUUGGCUCAGCCAAAACAACCUGGUUUUUGCCUCGGAAGGAGCCCUUUAGAGACAGACUCCUCGUCCAGCAAGCAAGACGAGUCGUGCACUGUGAACCAAGUCACAGUAACCAUACUCGAUGCCCGGUAGCGGCCGACCGGCGGGUUGGAAUUUUCACUUUUCAGGGUACAUAUUUUACUCAUCCUGGAUUUUCUUUUUCUGGAAGGUUUACAGAAAAUAGGGCAGUUGAUUCAAGGAAGAUGCAGUUCGGUACAUAACAUUAGCCGUUUCAAUGCAUUUUCUUUAACCAUUUAGAAACGACGACCGAAAGAUAAACAGAAAAAGACACGAAAAGGGUCAAAAAGACGCAAGAUCCACCAUCCAUGCACCCAAGCAAAAGCUGCCUGCCCUUCUUCGAACCUUCGCUCUUUAUUCCAGAAAUAACCUUCGCUCUUUAUUCCACCAUUUCUGGGAAGCAACUCCUUCAUCGCUUGAUUGAUGACUUUAAUGAAUAGAAAUAAAUCAAACUAGUAAUGAAUAUGAACAUCUGAGCGUGGGCUGCGAGCGAAGUACCUUUUUUGAUUCUUCCAACGUUGCCUCCAACCAUUCCUAUAGCUUUUGGAAGAACGUGCAGAUCUUAAAAAGAACAAACAAACAAAAACGAUGGCGACGUCUCUGUCGGAUCAUGGAGCCUUUCGAGGUGCCUUCGGAGACAGCUUACCCCUAGCUAUAUUCAAACUCUCCAUUCAAAGUUGUCGCCUCGUGCAGAAUAAUUAAUGUAAGACUGUAAUUACGAUGUCUUUAAUUAAUAAUAAUUAUGUUACAUCUA